UUUGCACAUAAUGUCAUAAAUAACUGAAAAUUUUAAUAUUUCGCAUUCUAAAUUAAGCCAAAAUUAUAUUAUGUUUAGGCGCAGUCUAAGCCAUCUGGACAAGCUUCCGAAGGCGAAGGUGGCCGAAUGGCUGGCCGGGAUCGACACCAUUAUAUGCAGAACGGAUGGGGUCCUGUGGCAGGAGAAUGUCCUCAUUGAGGGGUCCGUAGAGGCGUUCAAUGCCAUCAUUUCAAAGGGAAAGCGGUGCCUCAUAGCCACCAACGAGAGCUGUCUCACAAACAAGGAUCUGUUUCACAAGGCCAAGGGCCUGGGCUUCAAUGUCAAGGAGCAGGACAUCCUCAGUUCAUCGGGUGCCGUAUCGAGCUACCUUAGCGACCGAAAGUUCAAGAAAAAGGUCCUCGUAUUGGGUGGGGACGGCAUCCGCAAAGAUCUGGAAGAGGCGGGCUUCUGUUCCGUGGUGAACGAUCUAGAGCCAAAUGACCAGGAAAAAAUCGAUUUCGUCAGGACCUUAGUUCUCGAUCCGGAUGUAGGAGCUGUUUUGGUGGCCAGAGACGACAACAUGAAAGCGAACGAGUUGCUUGUGGCCUGCAACUAUCUUCAAAGUCCCAAAGUCUUGUUCCUUACCACUGGCAUAGAUGGAUUCCAGCCAUUUGGAAAAAAGAGGAUCCCAGAUGCUGGAUCUUUAGCUAAUGCCAUCGAGAUAAUUGUACUACGGAAGCCUACCGUUUUGGGCAAACCAAAUCCCCGAAUUUUAGGCAAUUUAAUGAAGUCUGGCGAAAUGAAGCCGGAAAAGACGCUUGUCAUUGGAAACUCGCUAAGAACGGACAUUUUAUUUGCAAGUAUAUGUGGUUUCCAAUCAUUAUUGGUGGGCUGCGAUAGCGGAGCUUUGGAAGAAGCCGAGAAAAUUAAAAAAGACGGAAAUGAGAAGAAAAUGAAACUCGUUCCAGAUGCUUUUCUGUCCAGUCUUGCUCCUCUUAUGGAGUAUUUAUGCAUCUCGGUAAAGUCGGGCAAGUAAAGGGAUAAGGCGACCAAAAAUUAAUUUAGAUCAUAUUCAAAAUUCAAAGUAAGGCGCCCAAAGCUGAACAGCUGUUUGUUUCUUAACAGCCCCGGUCUUAAAAUAUAUCGAUAGGGGCUUUUGGCACAAUUCGUGAGUCAGUUUUAUCAGUAUUUUUAUAAUAUUUGAUUUUUAAAAAUUGUACUUUUCAAAAAAAUUGGCCUUUGAAGCAAAAGGCCCACUUUUGUGAAUAAUAAUAGCUUCCCUUCAACAUGCGAAGAAAAAAGUUUAUAAAGAGAAAUAAAAACA